AUGAACCAUUUCUCUUCAAUUCAAGGUUAUGUACCCAGAAUGGAAUUUGGGUUUUUCAGACAUUGUCUUGAGCAAAACCUCACUCUUUCAUGGAACUUAAGAAAGGCAUGGAAUUUGGGUAGUUUGAACACAGUUUCACAUUUUCAGAAACUUCCUUAUCAAAAGCAUUACAAGAACAGUUUGGUGUUGAAAAGAUUCUUAGUUGGUGUUGGCACAGACGAAUCUUCACUCGACGACUCUGUUUCUCGACCUCUCACUAGUGACGAGUUGAAGGCAUUGCUUAUCGAUAAUGAAAGAUCGAAGCUUGUUAAUAAAUUGAGUGAAGCUAAUCAACAUAACCGGUUCCUAAAGCGACAGCUUAAAACACAAGAGGAUGAGAUAGCUAACAUCAAAAGCGAGCUUGCAGUCAUGGAGCUUGAAGUUCAGGCCCUGGUUAGACUGGCUGAAGAAAUAGCAAACCUCGGUAUCCCAAACGGUUCCAGAAAAAUCAGCGGAAAGUACAUUCAAUCACACCUCCUCUCUCGUUUAGAAGCUGUUCAAAAGAAGUUGAAGGAACAAAUAAAGGACGUCGAGGCUGCACAGUCAAAAGAGGUUCAUGUGUUCUGGAUUGGCAUGGCAGAGAGUGUACAAGUAAUGGGAUCGUUCGAUGGAUGGAGUCAACAUGAGGAUCUAUCGCCUGAGUACACAGCUUCAUUCACUAAAUUCUCCACCACGUUAAUCCUUCGUCCCGGGCGGUAUGAGAUGAAGUUCUUAGUGGAUGGAGAAUGGCAGAUCUCACCCGAGUUUCCUACUUCCGGAGAAGGAAUGACACAGAACAAUGUUUUAGUGGUGGAAUAG